AACUAUAAAUGAAUGUGCUUUUGGAAGUUGCGCGCGCGGAGGCGAAAUUCCUCUCAGCACGAGAAUUAAAAAUAAGCAACAUGCACGGACAUUUUAGACCACGUGUCACGUGCAUUUAAAUGUUUGUAGUGAAAUAUCUUAUUGAUUAAUAGGUGGUGUUAAUCUGAAAGGCUGUGAGAAGUUAAGUCUUCGGUUCUAACUGUCCAGAUGGAGGAAUUCAGGUCCUUUGAUCUGCCAGAAAUCCUGGAGGAGAAACAGAGGCUGGGUGAAAAGACCAAGGCCAGAUGGAGUCCUGACGAAGAUAAAAGUCUUAAGACUUUGGUUGAGAGCAUUGGCCAGAACUGGAAUGCUAUUGCAACUAUGUUACAUGGCCGAACUGAACAGGAGUGCAAGUACCGUUACACCUGUGUGUUGGACCCAAACUUGAUCAAGGGUACCUGGACUAAAGAGGAGGAUGAGAAGCUCAUAAAAUUAGUGACAAAGUUGGGAACACACCAGUGGUCCAGGAUCGCCAAGCACCUAAGGGGCCGCAGAGGGAAGCAGUGCCGAGAACGCUGGCACAAUCAUCUGGACCCCUCGGUGAAUAAACAGUCCUGGACUGCUGCAGAAGACUUCCUCAUCUGCAAAGCCCAUAGCAUUCUGGGAAAUCGCUGGGCCAAAAUCGCCAAACUGCUUCCUGGGAGGACUGAUAACUCCAUCAAGAACCAUUGGUACUCCAGUCUGCAGCGUAAAGUGGCCACCGGUGCACUGGUGAUCGACGUGGCUACUGCUGCAUCGCUUUCUGAAGAAUCGUCUUGUAAAGAGAUAAAGGACGAAGAAGCGGCUCAUCCUGCUGAAGAGGAGGCUGAAAUGGAUGACCUCUGUGGUAGUGGUGUGCAGCCAGAGUCUGUGAUGGAUGUACCUGACCAGGUAAUGAAAGCGAUGGAAACGAGGGUUCGCAAAAGAAAAAAGAAGCCCAAAAAAGCCCAGAGGUGUUUAAGGCAGACCGGCUCCCCUGACGCUGAAAAGGACUCCAGUGACCUCACCAGAGUGAGUUCCACCUCCGGCCCCAGCGGCAGGUCCGAGUCUCGACGGAACGUCAUCGUAGAUGCAGCGCUGCAAAUGAUCUCUGAAGACAUGUUGCCUUUUAGCAUCUUGGAAGGAUCCGGGUUUCGGAACUUCAUGGCCGCUGUCGCGCCGCAGUACCCGAGACUUUCUCAGCGCAGCAUCGGACUGAGACUUUACGUGGAAGUGGAGAAGACUGUUAAACCACGUUUGAUUAAACAGUUGAGGGAUUGUCUCACCGCGACUGGAGGGAACGCUAACAUCCACGUCAUUGCCGAUAUCUGGGCCAGCGAGGAUGCAGAGCCCAUUCUCGCCGUCCAGCUGCAUUUCCUCGACGGUGACUGGAACAUCUGUAGGCCGAUGGUCGCGUUUCGGCAUUUAAGCGACAAGAACUCGAACGGCGUCGUCAUGAGCGAACUGGAAGCCGUGCUCCUGAGCUAUGGGCUGUUUCUCCAGAACAUCGGAUACCUUAUUGUUCACGAGGCUAAGAACACAAUUGCAACACACAACCUUUUCUGUGACUACAAGGUCAUGCACAGCGUCCAGAAGAACGACCAGGAUGAAGACGAAAUAGUUGACUUCCUUGACGAUCAGGUGUCUGUCGAGGAUUUCUCGGAAGUCCAGUUGGGCACGAAUGUGGAUUGCUUUAGCAGCCUGUUGCACUUGGUGGUCAAGGAAGCUCUAAAGAACUCGAAGUCCGCAAACUAUGUCCUCUCUCAGAUGCAAGACAUCGUGGCCUUUUUCCGGCGUAGCACCUACUGGAAUAAUGUUCUCAUGCAGUGCUGUAAGUUCUCCCUUGCAGAGCCUCACAGCUACACCAGUUAUAAAUGGAACUCUACUUUUGCUGCUUUCCGGAAGCUGCUUUCGCCGGAAGCCUGGGUCGGCGUGACGGGCCUGAUAGCCCAAGUGCAGAAAGAAGAGGAUGACUCAACGGUUCCUCCUCCAGUAAUCCAUGUCCAUUGGGAACAAGUCAUAGACAUCUUUGAGUUAUUAGAACCCUUCGAGGAGGCGAUCCAAGUGCUUCAGUCAGACGGUGUCACAUUCUCUCUCGUGAUCCCGUCCAUCAUCGGACUCGAUAAAACCCUCAAACUUAAAACGACGACGUAUUCCCAGUUCUGCGAAGCUCUCCGCUCUGGACUACACGAGUACUUCCAACCUCUGAUCAUGCAGCAAGAUCUGAUCCUCGCUACGGUUCUGGAUCCUCGCGUUAAACUGCAACCUUUCGAAGACGAAGAAGAGGCCAGUGAUGCCACUCUCGCUCCUCCUACAAAAUUCUGGGUUUGUUCCAUCUUAGAAUCCGCUAUGAGCAAAACCGACGCUUGGAUUCCCGUGGAGGAGGGCAGUGCCAAACUGGACUAUGAUGACCAGCUUGCCAUGGAUGCUGCCAGUUUGAGUAACGUCAAGAGGAAGAAGAUCUUCAGCUUCAUGCAGACUUCUGCAAAGUCGGCACAAGUCUCCGAGCUCGAUCUUUACAUCGCCGAACCUCUCCUGGAUGGAGAUGAUUCGGUCGAGAAAUUCUGGCGGGAAGCCACGCGGUUCCCAAAGCUUCAGAGCAUCAGCCACAGACUUCUGGCCAUCCCAGCUUCCUCCGGAGGAUUUAAACGUCUCUUUCCCUUGGCUGCUAGUAUCGUCCGUGCCAGAAGAAACCGACUUCCUCAGCACACUACAGAGCGACUGUUACUUUACAGAGAGAGAAUCAGAAAAUAACACUAAACUUCUUCUGAAGCAGUGAUGUUAAUAUUCCAGUGAUAUUUUUUCUGCAUUAAUAAAUACUGUUGAUCUAGAAUUAUGUAAUUAAAAAAAAUAAAACCAAAAAAAAAGGUCCUGUUUCACCAUUCGGCCAUCACAUUAACACCUCCACCUGUAGGACACCUUGUGCCUUCAGAACAGCUCUGAGUUUGAGGCAUGGACUCCACAAGACUUCUGAAGGUCUGCUGCACCCAGACGUUAGCAACAGAUUUGCUAAGGAUCAGGUUUGUUUGUCCAGCACAUGGAGAAUUUGGAGGCGGAGUCAGUGAUGGUGCUGGUGUUAUGGCUGUGAUGAACAUACUGACUGCUGGACCAAGCUGUGUACAUAUACCUGUUUUCUAAAGAAGACUAUAUAUUUUUUUCCAUGUAUGUCCAUUUGGAUCUCCUGUAUUAAAUGCCAGAAUGUCUUUCCAUGAAUUUUCAUUUCCAAUUUAUUAAUGCCAUACAAUAAAAUUGAUGGAUAACAGAAACUAAACUUCUGUAUUUUUAUCUUAUCAUUCGCGGUGUGUGCUUCAAGAGAUUGUGUCUUGAUCACAUGUUGGCCUUUCUUCAUUUAUACCUCAGCCAUGUUGGGUACGAUGUCACGAUCUGAGUAGAAGUGCGAGCAGUCAUCGGUGAAUCUGAAAAACCUUGUGUAUUUGACAUAACAUGAGUAAAACAGCAGAUUGUAAAGGACACAGUGGGAACAGUG